UGCUCCCUUAAGCUGAGUAACGGGUAUCUGAUAGUCGAGCGACUCGACUAUUGCGUUCUUCCUUGUUUCUUCUAAACACGUAUAAUUAUUGCAUUACUAUACAAAAUACAAAGGUGUUUUUAAUCGCUUUACACGAUCCGAAUGUAAUAAAUGUAAAAAGUGUAUUUGUUUAGUAGAUCGUACAUUUUCAUCACAAAAAUUGAUAUCAGAACAUUUGUCGCACUAUACUUUUAGCUUGUUAUGAGGUGUUUUUGCUUAAGUGUAUACACACAACAAAAAUUUGAUCACUUUGGACGGCAGUCCAAGUAGUGAAGAAGCGCACCAGGAGGGGAUGUAAAAUUGACCAGUAAUAAUAAAAUUGUAUUGGAUUUGUCUAUAUAUAACCUACAAGGAAGAUACAAUAUUGAUAAGGAUCACUAGCAUCAUCAAAUCAACCAUGUCUAUCCGUCCGUCCGUCUGAACGCUGAGAUACUUUUGCCCAUUACAAUACGACAGUCCGUUUAAUAUAUGUAUCUUACGUAAUUUGAUUAUUGACUAUCAGAUACGCGUUACUCAGCUUGAGGAAACAAAAUAAAAAUAAAUCGCUAGGAAGGGCAUAAACCAUUUCUUAUCCCUCGUUUAACCAAUCCUUGCGACUGCGCGGACGAAGUGCAUUCGAAACCAGGACAGCUAGUCGGUGCGUGACCUGGCGAAUGGUGGGCCCAAAACGGAAGUGCACAAAAACAAACAAUGAAAGGUUACCGCUGGCAACAACUCCAGGACAGACUUCCGCCUCUCGCAGCAUGAGCUCGCACUUUCUCAAUUCCUGCGUGAAAGUGCCCAUCGAUCCGUGCAAUAACUGUCCUGCUCCGGUCUACAAUCGCCCUAAGCUCUGCACCCUUGGUGGAAAAAAGCCUCCGGAUACUGCUCCUAUUGGAACCCAGGAAGCGGAGACGCCUCCGUGGAACAGCCAGAUGGGUGUCAGGACUCUAGCUAAAUUCUACGACAGUAUACCUGAUUACUGCGACGUCAAGCACCUGCAUCAGGCGGAGUUCUACUCCACACUGGAAAGUCUGCGGAGCACUAGCCGUGAACUGCGAUCGCAGCCAGCUGCUGCUGCUGCUCAAGAACGAUGUGCUAGUGCUACCAGAAGCUCUUUGGGUCAAGGAAAGUCCAAAAAGCGGUCAUCUAAGGGAAAGAAGAUUAAAAAGCGUUCCCUGUUGCUGGAUCCUCUGCCUCUGCCUCAAAUCCUGGUGAUCCCUGAGCAUAAAGAUAGAUGCGUCACUCAGUCCGUGAUCCAUACUCCUAACUCCAGUUGCCUUAGCGAGGAGUACGACAAGUGCCUCAGGGACUUAAGUCGUCUGAAGAGCUUCAAGGAGGACUUCGCCGUGGAGGUGGCAGACUUCAAGAGGUCCCUUAAAAGUUUCGAGGCAGAAUUUUGCAGGCCGAAGUCCACCAGCAGCAACGCGACUCAAACGCAGACGCAGGACAAAAGUCAGACCCAAACCCGCUGCCAGCCGACUUCUAAUCCUGGCCAGCACGCAGCUGAACGAGCCAAGUGCAGGAGGGAAAUGCUUCGUAGGUGUUUUAGUGUCAAUGAUCUUCAAGGAAGUUCCUCAGUGCCCAAUCUGAAGCCUACCAAGCUCGCUCAACCCUCACUAAGCAACUAUUUCCCAUGCAGUAAGGAUAAGGAUGAAGAAGUUCCCAAGAUACAGAUACAAUCGCCAACCACCUCCUCCAAGCGAAGUAGUAGUGCCUCCACUACAGGAAGGGGGCGAGGAAGACGAGGAAGGGGAAGGAAAUCGAAGCCAUUAUCCAUUUCAAAGGAGGAGAAAACACUUCCACCACCGAGCAUCUUUGAGUUCCCGGAACCAAUACAGAGGCGAACGCCAAGUGUGUCACCGUUGCAUCCAGUUUCGCGUCCAAAUCUAGCGGCCACUUUAAGGGCUGAAGUUUCUAGAAAAAAAGUGAAGGAGCUAAAGAACAACUGCACUUUUCAUGAUCCUCGUCCGCAAUUUGAUUGGGAGGUCCGAAAGACGCCUGCUUGGAAGUCGCUGUCCUUAAACGAAUCCCACAAGGCCUUGUUAUCCAUCCGGCUGGCUACCCGGAAGGCAGAGCAGGCUUUUCAAGAGCGUCAGUACGAGCUGCAUAUGGAGAUGAUGCGACAGAGGGUCAAAUCUGCUCCACUUCUUCUCGAGGGGCCAACAUUUUGGGGCCCGGAGGUGGGCAAACUAACCCACUCCUGCCGGAGCGAGGAAUUGCGACACUCCUGCGAAGGCAGCCGGCAGCGAAGGAAGAAAAAAUCAGAGUGCCCAGUGCAAGAUUCGGAUGCAAAGCUUCAGCAGCUACGCAAGAUCUAUGGAUCCGAGAAGUCAUGUUCGAGACAGUCCCAAAGGAGCAAGCGACCCGGAAGAAGGCCACAGGAGACUCCCAGCCACGACAGCGGCGACGACCUGUGCAGCGUAGACCGAGCUUUCCUCUAGAGAAUCACCUAAUUUCCAAGCACCUAGUCACAAUAUAUGUAAACUUUUUGGAUCUUUUUGGAGAUCUAAGCCUG